CUGUAUUGAAUAAAGCAGCUAGGGUGGAUGGAAAACAUCUCCGUCAUCCUCAAAGGCAAAGGUUUUACUGGAUAAACCUUCCUAUAGCUAUACACAGACUGCUUUCCCACUAACUUUACUGUGCUCCUAGUUCCUUGGUGGCUGAUUGGUGGGUGUGCUGGGGCGGUAGGACUGUUUCUGCUCAUCAUCUCCAUUCUGUUCCUGCUGUGUUGCAAAAGGGACAAAAUGUCAGAGAAAUUAAGGUGUGAGGAUGCCCUCUAUGAGAACGUUGACCUGAAUGACAAGAGAAAAGAUCCAGAGGUACAAGAGGUGUGCUAUUCCACAGUUUCCUUCAGGAAAAGAGUACACCCAACAGGAAAGAAUGAAGUUACCGAUUCAACGGCUGACUCGACGAAGCCGGGAGACAAGAGAGGGAUCACAGAUAAACCCCGCAUAGACUGCAACGAACUGGCCUCCGCCCUCGUCAACCUCAAGAGCGCAAACCAAGAUCAGCCCCAGACGGGAUGCACACAGCCUAUUUAUGCUGUUUCUACAAAGACAAAAGGCAGAGUUCAACACCAGGUGUCUGACGGCACCUGGCCCACCUCUGUGAACGAACUGAAAAAGAAAUUCCGGGUCACAAUCAAGAACAAGGCUCCGAAGACGAACAAUGACGCACAACAUCAAGCUGGGACAGCGGCCAGCAGGAGCGAGCAGCCCUACUCCAUUAUUGAGCUGAAGGACAGGACCAAAGCUGAGAAUCCAGCACCCAGCAGUCAACAGCCGUACUCCAUUGUCAGAUUGAAGAAGAUCAAAGAGACAGACUCCAUCCGGACUCGCUCCCCUGUGGCGCCGGAGCCGCUGUACGAGGAAAUUCCGGAUUAACACGCGCAGAAGGCAGCGCCGUCUCGCGGAGGACUGCGCGCCGCAAACGUCUUUUUUCCAGAUGAAAAAAAUCUUUUCACAGAGACCCUACCCCGUCCUCUUUUUCUCACUCGUUCUCUACUAUAUUUAUUGAUUUGCAAAAGCAACGGUUUUUUUUGCACAUUCUCUUUUUACUUUGUCUAGAGUACGAAAUUAUAUUUCCAUCGUAUCCUAUCUCUUAUGCAGAAUAAAUAAUACGACCGUAUUAAAGAACUUUGUAAUAAUUAUGUACACCUGUUGGUAUUUCACGGACUAUUAUGAGCCCAGAUUAAAUGUUUGCAACAAUAA